CCUCUCCUCAUGCUUCACUGGCCUCUCCCAUAUAUCAGCCAAUCCAACUACCCCUGCGUUUAUGAAUACUUUGAUAAUGGACGGGGCUCGUUCAUGUACCUAGAUGGACAGAAUGAAAGGAUAGCAUCGGCACUCCGACCUCGGCCCGGAACGGGAAUUUGAUAAAUACUUCCCCCAACACCGAAUACACGGUCUUGCACUACACAACCCAUACAAACAAAUCCAUCACCAUGGUUGACACCGAAAACACGCUAUUGUUUAUAAAUGGACGAUUCUUCAACGGCGCAGACUCGGCAGCCUCAUUCUCUACCGCCAUGGUGGUCAAGGACGGCAAAAUCGCAUAUAUAGGACCAUCCGACUCUCCAGAAAUACAAAUGUACAAAAACACCGCAGUGACACAAGACCUAAGAAACUCCUUUAUUCUACCAGGAUUCCUAGAUGGCCAUUGCCACUUCCUGCUCCUCGGACAAGCCCUUCACAAAGUCAAGCUCGACGGGUGUAACGACCUAUCCGAGAUCCGCCAGCGAAUCAAGACGUACGCGUUCGAAAACCCGGAAAAGGAGAGAAUCUUGUGUUCGGGUUGGAUGCACUCCAUGACCAACGGCGAGGCUAAAGCUAGCAUGCUGGAUGACCUGGAUCCCCGACCCAUCUUCAUUGACUCCAAGGACUUGCACUCGGCUUGGUGCAACAGUGCUGCGUUGGCUGAGAUGGGCGUGCAGAAUAUGGCUGACCCUGCGGGAGGCAGCAUCGAAAGAGAUGAAAUUGGGAACCCUUCUGGUCUACUGAGCGAAGCAGCCGCGAUCUUGAUUGUGUGGCCCCAUUUGGCGAAGGUAGCGACAAUGGAGGAGAAGAAAGGGGCGCUUCGAGCCGCCGUCGCAGCUUAUCACCAGGUGGGCGUUACUGGCUGUAUAGAUAUGGCGAUGGACGAGAACGCAUGGGAGGCCAUACUGGCGUUACGGGAGGAGCUGGGUGGCCAUUUGCCUUUGAGGAUAGCGGCGCACUGGAUCGUACUUCCUGGCGAAGGCGAGGCACACCGGCUGGAACAGGUCACUCGAGCUGUUGAGCUCUUCCACCAGUUCAAUAAGGAAACCUCACCAGAUCUGCGCAUCGUUGGCAUAAAGAUCAUCUGUGACGGUGUCAUCGACGCGUGCACCGCCGCGCUGACUGAACCGCAUAGUCACAACGGAGAAUCCCCGGAUCCUAUCUGGACGCCUGACAUGCUAGCCCCCGUCGUAAAGAAGGCCUGUGAAGCCAAAUUGCAAUGUGCCCUGCACGCUAUUGGCGACCAAGCUGUACACAAUGCGAUCAAUGCUCUCGAAGCAUACGGAAAACCAGGUCAGCGCCACCGAAUCGAGCAUCUGGAGCUCACAUCUCCGCAGGAUGCGGCACGCCUAGGGAAGCUCGGUAUCACUGCUUCAGUUCAGCCGGUACAUGCGGACCCGGCAAUCCUACGGGCCUGGCCAAAACUGUUAGGGCCCGAGAGAUUGAAGCGCGCCUUCGCGUACAAGGAGUUUGCCGACAAUGGGGCUGUCCUUGCUAUAGGGUCGGAUUGUCCCACCGCUCCGCAUGCCCCGAUGUCCAAUUUGUAUGUGGCUACAACGAGGAAAUCUGCAAGACAGCCAGAUGCCGGGGAUCUGCCAGUGAACGAGAACUUCAGGCUUGGGGUUGCGCAAGCUCUCAGUGCCGCGACAAGGGGCACUGCUUGGAGUUGCUUUGAGGAGGAGAGGCUCGGGUCCUUGGAGGUCGGGAAAGAAGCUGAUUUCGUCGUGGUGGAUAUGAGUUUCGAGGCUGAAGAUUUGCUGCAUGCGAAGGUGCGGCAGACAUGGUUCGGGGGGAAGCAGGUUUUCGCAGUCUGAAAGGGGUUGCUGGUCCGGAAAAGGAUCAUCCGCAGGACUAUUCCACUCCCAGAUUACCAUAUUAGUAUUCAAUCCGUGAACGUCUGGCCCUGCAGCUCAUUCGGCUCAAGUAGGACACUGUUUAACGAAGCCAGUUGGCUGGGGAAGUAUGGCACUUACAAGAUAUUGCUUCGAUUUUGAGACCGUGAGAACUAGGCUCGGGCGACGCAGAUGACUUCCCAGGAAGCUAGGCCUCAAUGCAAACAUAGAUAUCAAGCUACAUGGCAC